UCCAAGGAAGUCGAUCCAACUUUCAGGACAUUCAGACCUUCCAGGAUACUAGAACGAACUGUAUAGCCUUCAGUGAAACUAAUACGCUUCCAAUGGAUUUCAAUGAAUAUAGGAAUAGAGGUAAAAUGAUGGUGGACUACAUAGCGAAUUAUUUGGAGACAAUCCGGGAGCGACGAGUGUACCCGAACGUGAGUCCGGGAUACUUGAGGAACUUAACACCUGACAGCGCGCCAGUUGAUCCCGAAUGCUGGGAGCACAUUAUGGACGACGUGGAAAACAUUGUGAUGCCCGGCAUAACACAUUGGCAGUCGCCUCAUAUGCACGCGUAUUUCCCGGCGUUGAACUCCUUUCCGUCGCUGUUAGGUGACAUGCUGGCUGACGCUAUCAACUGCUUGGGUUUUACAUGGGCCAGCAGCCCGGCAUGUACAGAACUGGAAAUUUUGGUGAUGAACUGGUUGGGCAAGAUGAUCGGUCUGCCCGAAAGUUUUUUGCAUACUCACAACGAGAGCAUGGGUGGCGGUGUUAUCCAGACUACGUCUAGUGAAGCGACGUUUGUGUGUUUGCUGGCGGCCAGGACUCGAGCCAUACGCCGUUUACAAGAAAUAGACCCGGACCUGGAAGACGUGGAGAUCAACAGCAAACUGGUGGCUUAUUGUUCGGACCAAGCUCAUUCUUCGGUCGAAAAAGCCGGUUUAAUCGGUCUGGUGAAAAUGCGCUUUGUCGAAAGCGACGAAUCCUUAUCGUUAAGAGGUCCUCAGCUACAAGAAGCCAUUGCCGCCGACAAAAAAAAAAAGCUAAUACCGUUUUUCUUGUGUGCCACUCUGGGUACGACCGGUGCAUGCGCGUUCGACAAACUCGAAGAACUCGGCCCUAUUUGUCAAGCAGAGAACAUGUGGUUCCACAUAGAUGCGGCUUAUGCUGGCACAGCAUUUAUUUGCCCGGAGUUUCGUCACUGGCUUUCUGGUGUGACUUACGCCGACUCAAUUGCGUUCAACCCCAGCAAAUGGAUGAUGGUCCAUUUCGAUUGCACGGCUAUGUGGGUAAAAAACAGUGAACACCUCCAUAGGACGUUCAACGUGGAGCCUUUGUACUUGCAACAUGAAAACUCAGGUCUUGCGAUUGACUACAUGCAUUGGCAAAUACCGUUGAGCAAACGGUUUAGAGCGUUGAAAUUGUGGUUCGUGAUUAGAAGUUACGGAAUAAAAGGUCUCCAGAAGCAUAUAAGGGAUGGCGUACAGUUGGCGAAAAAAUUUGAACUCAUGGUUAUAAACGACACGAGAUUUGAAAUACCAGCCGCCAGACACUUGGGUCUGGUAGUUUUUCGAUUGCGAGGUGAAAACCAUCUAACCGAAAGACUGUUGAAACGUUUGAACGCAAGAGGAAGAAUACACUGUGUACCGGCUUCUCUCAAAGGGAAAUACGUUAUUCGAUUUACAGUAACCUCGCAAUACACUACGGUCUUGGACAUAACAAAAGACUGGGCCGAAAUCAAAGCCACUGCCACCGAAAUCAUUAACGAAUACAAAAUCCACGGUUCCGACGCGUCCUUCAACAAGACCAAAGUCACAUUGGCCGAAACUCGAAAUUGGAACAACAACUUUGGGGCAAGUUUGCUGUUGGCGAACUCACCUAUGUCACCGAAAGUAGUCAACGGUAGUUUCGCUGCGUUAUUCGACAACGGAGCCGACUGGUCAAGGAAGCUGUUGAGAAGUGAAACGAAGGACAGUUCCUCUAUGAGGAGGAGGAUCCGUGGUAUUCUGAUGUCUGGCAAGCAGUUCUCUUUGGACUCCCGAAUGGAUCUAGUCCAGGGAAUGAUUCCGUCUUCUUCGGGAAAGUCAGCGGAUGCCAAAACCAAACCUUUGGAAGACAAUAAUGAUCAAGUGACUGACAACUGGAACGAUGAAAAUGAAAAAACUGGAGAACCAAAAAAUCUCACAAAAACCAGAUUUCUUCGUCACGCACAACACGAAACCAGCUUAAGUCCUUUGAUAGAAGACGGCAGUAACGUCGACUUACUUGAUUCCAUAUAGAAAAACGCUUAGCAUAAAAAAAACGCAUUUUUUAAAAACUAUUACCAAUUUUUUUUAAUAAGCCUUAUUGACAAAAUGGCUAGAUACUACAAAAAAGCACAUGUCUUCUUAUGCCAAAAUUGACCAAAUAGUACAGC